AUGCAGAGGAGGAAGCAGCAGCAGCGGCAGCCAGAGUCUUCCCCUGUCUCUUCUGUUCAAGAAAAUUCUACAGCUCUCAGGCUCUGGGCGGCCACCAAAACGCUCACAAGAAGGAGAGGAACGCAGCCAGGAAGGCCAAAAGAGCAUCAUCGGAAUACGCCGCCGCCGCGGCGUCCCCGCCUUUGGUUUUCUCUCCGGCAGCCCACCACCUGGGAGCUGCGCAUGCAGCCAGCCUGCAGUGCUGUCCUACGACCACCGCCGCCGCCCACCACCACCAUCGCCAAUUCGCGGGCCGUUUCGGAGCAAAUGGGGGCGGGCCAAGGUUCGACGGCAUGGUGCUUUACGGCGGGAGGCUGCACCGUCAGCAGCAGCAGCAGCAGCAGGAGGAAGACGAACAGAGCUUCGCGAAUUGGCAGAGGAGCACAAGGUGCAGCAGCGAGGAGAGUAAUUACGAGUUCAAGGAGGAUCAAUUGCGUCAUCUGCCAAUCGCUAUCAGUGGCAAUUCGAGUGCCAAGAAGAAGAUUGAUAAUAAGGAUCAAAACCUUGAUUUGUCGCUCCAUUUGUGAAGAGGGUUUCAAUGGCCGCAAACAUCCGUUUUUUCACUCUUUUAAAUGA